GUUACCACUCGUCCAGCUGCUCAGCACUCAAGGAUAUAGGACUGUCUCCGCACACCACUGUUUUCACCCAACAUGUGCAGAGGACUGGCCUUCUUGCCUGCCGCGUGCUUAGAGAGGGCUAAGGGACUGAAGACACUUUUUGGCAGCUUUAUUCAUAGAUCAGAGAUUUCCAGCAACUCUCAUAAAACAGAUAAACUAAGUGCGCCUACCUCAGAAGAAUCCAUGAAGCUGAGAGAAUCCUUUGAAAAGCUACUUGCAAAUAAACAUGGUUUAGCCGCCUUCAGGGCCUUCUUGGUGUCAGAGUUCAGCGAGGAAAAUAUCGCUUUCUAUCUUGCCUGCGAGGACUACAGAAGCACAAAGUCGCCCUCGAAGCUCAUCGCUAAGGCCAACAAAAUCUAUGAGGAAUUUGUUAAAAUCGAUGCUCCGAGAGAGGUCAACAUUGAUCAUGAGACCAGAGCCAUUACAAAAAAGAACCUCGAGAGACCUACAGAAUCAUCCUUCAACUUGGCUCAGAAUAAAAUUUACACACUCAUGGAGAAAGACUGCUACCCACGCUUUCUCAGGUCUGCAGCCUACCAGGAGGUGGCCGGGCGGCUCACUGGAAAGGUCACCAAAUAGAUUGUCCCAGACAGGCUAACACAACCCUGGAGCCAUGCAAUGUGAGUUCAACUGGGGGAGACGGUAUCUCAUCAAAAGGCUGCUGAACUGUGGUCACUUUGUGGCUGAAGAACUGUACAAGAUCAAGUGACUGAUCACAGAAUGGGCAGCACGGAAGAAGUUAUCAAUAAAACAGACCGAUGGAUUCACACUAUGCUUGAAGUUGUGCUGAACGGAACUAUGCUGGAGAAAAUGACUGUUGCACAAAUGAAAUCAAAACAUUGUUUUUGUUUUGAAUGUUUUACACUGAAUUACAAUAUUUUCU